GGCACGAACUCGUACUUGGUAUCGUACUGUACGGUACAUUUGUUGUACAACUCGUACGAGCACGCGUAUUGUACGGUACCGUACCGUACGGUACGGUAUGAUGAUACCUUGCAAGCCUCUCUGCCGCUUCCAACAGGAAAUGCCUGUUCGAGACUUGCGAGGGAAUCCCCCAGCAAGCCAUCCGGAACCCGUUCCCCAGCGAUCGCGAUUGGUUCCAUUGUGCGCUGUGCAACGCCACGCCACACCACACCACACCACACCACACCACACCNCCACACCACACCACACCACACCACACCACACCGCACCACUCCCACCCGGCACCAUGGCCGACGCCGACGACUUUCUCCGCCGCUUCGCGGUGGAAAUCGCUGCCGCCCUCCGGGAACGAGAGGACCGCGAGACCGAGCGCCGGCGCGGGAGCACGCCAUCGUCAUCGGGAUCGUCAUCGGCACCACGGGCGGGGACGGACGGGUCCGUAGACGACCUCUACCGGGCCCUGGUCUUCGACGAGCCCCUGGUCGACCACGUGCCGAAUCUCCCUUUGGCCGCGGCGUCCCUGGCCCGGAAGCUCGGGGCACCCUCGUCGCCCUACGCGCUCUCCAACCGGCUCGUCAACGGGAUCGUCUAUCUCUGCCAGCGGAAGGCCCCGAAACCGGGGCAGGCCGGCGGCAUCGACAUCGACAUCGACGCCACCACCAAGAACGGAAACGGAAACGACCACGACCUCACCGCUGCCGCCGAAAGGAACCGGCCGAGCCACUCGGCGAUCCAGGUCGCAAUGGCCAGGCUGGCCUUUUGCGCCGCGGUCGAGAUCCCGCUGGAAUGCUGCAAGGGCAGCUCCCUGUCGGAGGAGCGCAUGGGAAGGAUCCGGGCCUGCCUCGGUUCCUACCAAGCAGCGCCCGGGGACGCCGCUUGUUCUGCCCCGAGGUUUGCGGGGGAGGUGGCACCUCGCAGCAGCAACCAAGACGACCAACAAACCCUUCUCCGCCACGCCGCCGGCAGCGAAGAAGCAAAGGAAAACGACGGCGGGGACGAGCCCGGCGAUGGCCCGAAUGCAACUCCGCAGCAACAGCAACAGCAACAACAAGAUCCGUACGGCGACGAGGUGUGGGCGGCCGAGUCGGAUCCCUCCGACUACGACUACGGAGAGGGGGAUUCAUACGACGCGUUCCCGGACCGGGCGCCGCAGGACCAUUCCGACACCGACUGGCUGGACCCCAAGCGCCUCUCCCUGCCGGACCCGGACCGGACCCCGGCCCAGGCCAGGGAGGCCAUCGGGUCCCUCCUCCGGCUCGGGACCUACGCGCUCCUGGAACCCGUCUUUGGGCUUCCCAAGGGGGAAACGGCGAGGCACGUCUCCCUGCUGAAGCAGCUGGUCCUGGUGCUGCUCCGGCCGAGGAAGCCCUUGGGGAGCGAGAAAACCGAAGCGAACGGCGAGGACCUCCUGGACGCGUCCAUGGACUCGGCGGUGCUGUCCCCGCUGUGGAUUCUGCGGGACGCGGCUGCCUGCCACCGCAAGGGCCAAACGACCGGGUCUUCAAGGACCGAUUGCGAGCAGGCCUACCUGGAGGUCCUCCAAACCCUCUUGGGAACGGACCGGGCCUACCUGGAGGACGUCGGCGCGCACCACCAGAGGUCGAAGGACGCCAUCGACCUCUGCCUGCCCUCGAUCGUCGGCCUCUCGUCCCUGUCGGCGUGGUGUGCGGCAGCGGUGCCGGCCACCCGUGCCACCAUCGAGGCGGUGGUGGACGCGUCCAACGACCUGGAGCACGUGGUGCAGCGGGGGCUGGCCCACUACCGGGCCAACCUCCCGGACACGCUGGCACCGAUCCUGGAGAGCCUCUCGGGGAUCGGCUACGAGGGUGCUUCGGGCCGGAGGAACCUUUCGGCUUCUGCCUGCUACGCGGGCUCUUCCGUUCCGCAGGCCCUCCUGAACUCGGGGUUGCUCCGGCAGGUCCUGGUGCUGGCGGAACCCCCUUGCGGGGGUGCCCUUCCCGGGAGCCUGCUGGGACUCCACCACGCCCUCUGGGGUCUGUGCGUUGCCUAUCCGAAGAUCGUCGGCAAGUACGUCUUUCGCUGCCCCGGCAGCGAGCGGAUCGUCCGGUCCUACGCGCCCGGAAGGGGUCCCUCCGGAUCCGUUUCUCCCCCGCACUGCGUCGAGUGCGUCCUCUGGAACCUCUACGGGUGGCACCAGUCCGGGGAACCCGGGGCCGCUUCCGGGCGGCUGGUCCUGCGGAAACCGGGGGCCCCUCCACCAAAGCCCCUCGCCCGGGACGAGUGCGGCGAGGUGUGCCGAAAGGCCUGGUCGGAGCUCUGCCGGUGGGUGGUCCGGGCCCUGGAAGGCGGCGACGACGACGGCAGCGAUGCCGAUGCCGGGCGCGUGGUCGGGGAAUGGGGCCGGCUCCUGGCCCUGGUGGCUAGCCUCCCUUCCAUCUCCGCGGCCUUUCGGAGCCUCGUCGGGGACGACGUUUCGGAUCGGCUCGACGAGAUCGCGGCGGCGGUGUCGAGGCGGUCGGAACCCACAAGGACCCCCGGGGAAUCUUCCGGCGAGGAUUCCAGGGACGACGGGGAGAGGGACGACAGCAGAAGCAGAAGCAGCAAGGACAAGGACGACGACGACAAGCCUUCGAGGAAGCAAAAAAUCGCGUCACGGGCCCACAAGCUGCUCAAGGAGUACAAACUGUUCUUCCAGGGCGGCACCGUUGGAUCUUCCAAGACGGACUGAUCGGUCGGUUGACUUGACGAC